AUACUCCUUUUGCUGUUAGCAAACAACUGUAGCGGCUUCCUCAUGGACACAGACUCAAACUGUCCAAUAAAUCCGCCCUGUAAUUGCUUCUUCGACAAGAUAUACUGUCAAGGAUUCAAGCUGUCACAGUUUCCGGCCUUUAAAAGGACAACACGCUCAUAUUUUCACAUUGAAAUCGAUGCAUGGAAUAACAACUUUCUUCAGCUACCUUCUAAUGCAUUCCAAAAUCUGCAAUUUACCAAUGCUUCAGCAAUUACAAUAUACUUGGGGGCGAACAGCAUCCAUUACAUUGAUGACAAUGCCUUUGCUGGAAUUGAAAACAUCCUGGUGUAUCUCGGCCUGUCAAAUAACAAUCUACGAACGCUUCCAAUCGCGUUCCAACACAUUCCACACUUGGGCGUGUUGGAUUUAACAGGAAAUCCUCUUUAUAAACUCGAUUCUCUAACCAUGACACGUCUCGGAUCCUCUUUAGUGGACUUCAUGAUAGACAUAAAUCAUCUAAUUCCACCUGGUUACCCUAGUGAAAUGGGUCUUCUUAGGAAGUUGAAAGUCCUUACACUUAAUGGAGAUUUUGACAAGAACAAUAUAUCCAGCUCAGCAUUUGAUACACAGGAAAACACUCUUACCAGUUUAAACAUUUAUGGCAUCAAUAACAUGCCGACAGCAAUGUGCAGCCUUCGUCAAUUGAAAUCAAUUCAGUUCAGUUCAAACAAUGUAAACACAAGGUCAUCUUCUGGAUUUCUUCCAACAUGCUCAACCCCGCUAAAUUCGGUGAAAAGCGUUGUUCUAUCAAGUAACUCUUUAACGGAUUUCCCUGACGUUUUCUUGGUAUUCCCUGAUCUGGAAUAUUUAUCCGCUAACUAUGAAUACUUUGUGGACAUUUUGCCGUCAAAACUUCCGACAAACACACAACUGAAGACAUUUAACUUACAAAGCAAUGAAUUAAACAAAGUUCCUUCUGGCAUUAAUAAUCUCGUAUCUUUGGAUGAACUGGAUCUUACUUGGAACCAAAUAACAAGCAUUGGAGCGAAUGACCUAGCAGGCUUAACAAAACUGACCAAACUGUACCUGAACGGUAAUCCAAUUACAACCAUUGCCGCACAAGCCUUCGCUAACAAUCGCAACCUGGUGGAACUUCAGCUAACCGAUCUCCAGAUAACCACACUUCCGGCUUCCCUGACAUCCCUAGCUCUUCUUGAACGGUUCAGCACAGACCACUCUCCAAUCUCGUGUACAUGCGCAGACCUGUCAUCGCUGAAGGGAUGGGGAAUUACGUCAUUGUAUUACCAGAGCAAGUGUUCCAACUCGAACGGGUUGAUAAAGGACUUCAUAACAAUUACUUUGGCGUCGUGUUAGAUAUCAACUGUGUUUGCUUUGAUGGUGAACUUUAAAACAAUAGACAUUGGUUUGAAUGUUUAAAGACGUCGUCUAUAACUAUUGAGUUGACAUUUCAAUUAUUAAUAAUAUCUUUUAUUGAUUUUUUUCA